GUGGUGCUGAUGCUGCGGAGGAUGCUGCACAUUUUCAGCGUGAAGCCCCGACAUCAAACUGACUCACAGGACCAACAUUACUCCCUGAGUGCAGUCUAGCUGACUUCACAAAGUCUUCCUAGCAGCCAUGACGUCAUCAGCCUACAGAGAGAAGUUGCGAGAGCUCCCUCUGGUGUCGUUUUUGUGCUCCUGCAUCCUCCAGAAGCCACCUGGCGCCUUGUCCGCUCAGAAGGAAGGCGUGGUGGACCUAAACCUGGGCGACAUUCGCCACAUGGAGGUGAUGGAGCUGAGCAAGCGUGCGAGCGGCCACGCCUUCCAGGUCAUCCUGAAGCCGCCCAUCUUUAACGGCGAGCCCAAGGCGACCACGCCCCCUCGUCCCAAACCCUCGCUGGAGGAGAUCCAACACAAACUGGACGCCGCCCACGAGAGGAGAAAGUGUCAGGAGGCGGAGCUCCUGAAGCACCUGGCGGAGAGGCGACAGCACGAGCGCGACGUGGCCAGCAAACACGCGGACAGGAAGUCGCAGGGGGCGAGGUGACGCCUGGCGUGCGGAGAUGGAUCUCAUCGUCCUUUUUUCGGACGGCUGCUGAAGACUCCGACGGCACGGGAACUCUAGACGGAUCGCGUGACGACAACUUUGUUUCCACGGCAACGCUGCUCCGUGAGCGCGGACGCCGUCGGGACACGGCGACACCCAGAGACGGCAGAGACGUUUUUCUUCUCGGUGUGGAAAUAAAAACACAACCAGCAUCGGUAUCGGUCUGACGCCGGCCGUGUCUACUUGAUAAUGAUAUCGGACAAAAUAAAACGCUAAAAAGUAAACGUCAACAAAACUUUUUCCAGCGACUGCCUGUACAGAAAAGUUGAAAGAAGCGUUUGACAUCCACAUCUUAGCGUUGUGUGUACAUUUGUGUAAAAUAUCAUAAUAGAACUAAUCAAUUCAUUGGAUGGAUGAUUCAUGAAGAAGCCGCACUUUAGUCACCCUGCCAUGAACGCAGCGGCUGCCACGCACUAAACAUGAUUUAUUUCUACGUCAGUAACUAGUCAUCAUUUGAACGAGGGUGUGUUUUUGCAGUGGCAUUGACGUUUGGUUACUUUCAUGUCUUUUAACAUUACUAUUUCAAUUUUAAUUUGGAACCUUUGAGAGGCGCUGCUGGGUCUAUUGACCGAUCCAAAAUUCUCUUCAAGGCUUUGAAAGUUUUAAUAAAAAAGUAUU